AUGGAUCUUCAGGGGACAAAAGAGGCCCGGACCCAGGAGGAGGGUGCCGAUGGUCCUUUGGACGCCUAUGGUGCUGGGGGUGGUCGCUCCAAUGACUAUCAUAAGAACGAAAGGCGCGAUUCUCACAGCCAUGACAAUCCUUCUAAUAUACGCCCACUCCGCCGCCGACAAUCUCCUUUUACAUAUCCCCCAGGGACUCGCCCAUCCACUGCAUCGGGAUCCACCGCACCGCCACGACGAGAGCCCUCGCCAUCUCCCCAGGCUGUCGUCAUUCCCGAAGCCCUGGGUCUCAGCUCGCGAGAUCAAAGAAUAUUAUGCAAAGCACGUCGCAAUCCGCCAGUGACCAAAAAGACUCUUAGUGAACUUGAUCUACCAUGCAUCAUGAGCAACAUCAAUCUUCGCAUGGACGCCAAUUUCGACCGCGAUCUGCAUUUUAAACCCGAUCUGGAUGGGGAAAAGGGAAGACGGAAGCGAAAAGAGGCGACUGAUUACUGGGGCUCAAUGGCGACAGAAAUUGGGAUAUAUGCGUAUCACGCGGCCAAUUCUGGCGAUGCAGAUGAUCAAGCCCAGGGAACCUCUCAGCGCUCGUUUGAGCCCCGACUUCCCACCAUGUUCGAAACUUUGCAGGAGGUGAUCAAGACCCUUGUUCCAGAGCGAGAUCACCCGAGCGUCAUGCAGAAUUUGGAGGUGCCCUUACUAAUGCAGCAAAUACGCAAGGGGGUGCUCGAUAUGGUUGCGCUGGCGACAUGGAUGGCAGCUCUUCUCAAGACGCAUUGUGCUCCGAUGCGGGAUGAAUGGGCGGAUCGUAUGGUUGAACAAAUCACCGAGGGCUCCCAAUCACAGGACCCAAAGGAGAUCGUAAAUGGGUUGCAAACGCUUUUCGCGAUCUUGGAAGCAAUGAAGCUGGACGUUGCCAAUCACCAAAUACGUACCUUUCGUGUCCUUCUCAUUGAGGACACGGUCCCAUUUCUGCAAGAAUAUUUCGAGGGCAAAAUCAGCCGUGGCAAUUUUCACGUAGAAUCCGCCCGGUUGUGGUACCUCGCUGCAAGAGACCGCGCCCAGGAAGAAGACGAACAGAGUAGCUCCACAACAGUCUCCCAAUCCGAUGAUGGGCUCAAGCCGCUCGAGGCUCUCUUCCGGGGAAUUUCCGAUCAACUACUACAAUUCACACCCCCAGAUGAUUUCCCCGAAACCUUCCUGUUCGACUCAGAUCGACUCUGGCAACUCCGUUCUACUAUCCAGAAUCUCAUAAAUCUUGAGAUCGCUUGGUAUAUCUUCGAGUCGUAUGUUCACAAACGAUCGCGCUACCUUUCAGCUCGCGUUGAGACGUACUCUACCUUCUGCACCCGUAUUUGGUCCUUAAUGGAAGAUGGUAUGGACGCAGAGGGUCAGCCUAUUAGCGGAAUCGAUGAGGAUGGCCCUGAGUUUCGUGGCGGCGCACGCUGGAUCCAAAAUAUGCGUAGCAUUGCUCUUGAGAUUGCACGUUUUGCGUGUGCAGCCUGCUGCCUUGACUCUGUUGUCGCUGAUGAAGUCAUCACCCCCAUCGAAGCCGCUCUGGAAUGGCACUUGUCCAACGAGACAGAUCUCUUCCACUACUUCCAGAAUGCCAUGCGGGAGAAGAUUCUAUCAGCGACUCUCUCAUCUGCCUGCAAAUACCUGCCAUUGUCACCGCUUGCUAUCUGUGAAUCGCAGCGUACCACACCAUCGACGACAAAUACGGGUCCUUUAAUACCCGCUGCGUCUUCCAACCCGAAUUCUAAUUCAAAUACGAGUUCCAGCACCACCAGCGGUACUGGGAAUGGGGCUGGCACUACACCUCAGUCCUCAGCGCCUCAGCAAUACGAUAUUGAGCGCAUUGGUAUGCGUCUCGCUCAUUUGGGGAUCCUCCAUUGGCGUGUCUGGGCUCCUCUGCUCUAUAUGCGAGACAAGAUUGCUGAUAUAGACUCUGAACCUGUGGCUUUUGUGUGA